CCUAGACGGGCACAGUUUGCAGUACCACCUGAGGAUCGCCUGUUUUCCCUUGUUCUUUUUGCCUUGUUUUACAGUUCAGUUCAACUGUAGCUCACAGAGAAUGGCAACUUUAAAGACGACACUUCGGCAUAGGAGUCUUGAUUCGCUUAGCUCUCCAUUUAGUGCCGUUUUCACUUCGGUUGGUGUGCAACAAAAUGAAAAGGCCUUGAAACUUGCAUUCUAUAACACCGCAGCAUUGGUUUUUGUGGCGUUAAGCGGUUGUGCUGCAGUUGCGGUUUAUUAUGUGUUGGAGCCUUUCCUGCGGCCUCUUUUGUGGGCCUCUCUGUGUGGAGCCUUUCUAUAUCCUUUCAAGUGGAAACUAACUCAAGCUGUCCGAGGAUUUCUCUGUUCUUUGCGAGAAUCUAAAACACCUUUGGUGGUGGGUGCUAUGGUGCUGCCAUUUCACUUGGCCAAUAAAUCUUCAGACUUUGUGGGGUCGUUAAUUGUACAAAAAAUACGAAUCUUUUUCAUAUUUAGUCUCAUUGCUGUCGGAGUUUACGUGUUGUACAUUAUUCAGCCGUUUAAUGAGAUUGUCUGGAUUUUAAAAGGAUCUGGAUUGGUGGUACACUUGCUGUUGGAUUUCUUUUACAAUCCCUAUUUAGUAUGGUCAAUUAUAGUUGGAUACAUUCUAAUUCUGGUAUUUUUCUGGACCCCAAGCUCCUCAAUCAUCAUUUCAGUGUUCUCUCUCCCUGUGUGGAUUAUGUUUCUGCUUCAUCUUGUUUCUCUCACUGGAUCUUACAGAAUUCCAUUUUUCAUGCUGCUUGUCAUAUGCUCAAUUGUUGGAUGUAUUACUGGAGUUUCAGAGGGGCAUGAUCAAGUUGAUAGCAGGGAAGACUGGGAGAAUAGAAGACAUAGUUUGCUUAGGGGCUUAUCUGUGGCAGCUGUUGCCUUGGUAAAAUCAUUACCAACCUCUGAGUCAAAUGACUCCUGUGAUGAAAGCCAUAAAGACUCAUCUCCAAUGGUCUGUCCUUCAACACAUUCUGCUGCAUCAUCCAAGGAUGGAACAGAUAUUGUUGAUGAAAAAGCUUUGUUAAAGCUUCGCAGAAGUAGAAUGCAAAAACCAAAACAGAAACUUAAGAUCAAGGAAGAGGGCAAAUAUGAUAGCAAAAGCAAGAUGUAUUUUCAGGCUCUUUUCUGGGGAAUUCUGCUGUCAAGACUUUGGCUUCAUUGGGACUUUAUAGUGAUUCUGUUGAUACCGAUCAUAUUUUAUGCAUUGAAACAACUUUUAGCAUACUGGAGUUCCUCAAUUUAUUCAAGUGCACCAUCAGUAUUUCUCCUUUCUCAGUGGGACAACCUUAAAAGUUGGGCUAAUGAAAGAAAACAAGCAUUGAUUCCAACACCACUCAGUGGAUUGUUCAAAGGAGGAAUUAAAGUAGAUUUCACUAUUAACAGCAUAAUGGAUAAAUCUUUGGAAAACAUUAUAAGUAUCUUCAUGGUGUUGUUCCUUGUUGUGGCUUUCUCCCUUAUUACAGUUUUCUUUGCAGUGCAGGUUCAUCACGAAAGUGCACAACUGGUGUCUGUAAGUGCCAACCUAGUAAACAAGGUGAUGGCUGACAAUCCGCAGCUUGUCAAUUGGAUCCAAGAGAACAAAGAACUGAAGAAAACUCUAGAAUCAACUGUAGAAAGAGCCUACAAGCACGGAAGAAAAUUUAUAGCAGUCAAGGUUCAAUCCAUGUUUGGUGACAGCAAUUCCAGUGAACUCCAGGAACAAGUGCUUGAUCUGACUGAUAGAAUUUAUAAUUCAUGGGUUAACUGGGGCAAUUCUUCAACAACAAAGGAAGUAUCAACAAAUGGAACAAUCACAACAGUCAAACCCGACAGCAGCAACAUGACUGCUGCUCUCUCUUGGAAAAAUGUGAUGAACAUAUUCAAUGUGUUUGAUUUCAGGGUCUCUUUUGCUUUGAUAAGAGAAAAUCUGGGCACUCUUCUCUCUUUGCUUGAGUCUGUUUGGAUCUUUCUGAAGGGAAAUAUAACUUUUGCAUUCAACCUUGUAACUACUGUUCUGUCCAUUGCGUUCUUCAGUGGGGCUUACCUUUUGAACACUGGCUUGUCAAUGAUUAUUUUUGUCACUGCCUUGUUUUACUUGUUGAGCACCUCUGGGGAACAGUACAAACCUGUAGAGUGGUUUGGCAAACUAACAGCCACUGGCACAGCUGGGUUUGGAGAUUCUGCCUAUGGAGCCAUAAGGGGUGUUUUUGGUGCAGCAGUUAAGAUGGCAACUUUCUAUGGCAUCUACACAUGGCUGACCCAUACAACAUUUGGUGUAAAUAUUGUAUACAUACCCUCAGCAUUUGCUGCCAUUACUGCUGUUGUUCCUUUUAUUGGCACAUAUUGGGCAGCAGCGCCAGCUGUACUUGAUUUGUGGCUAGUCCAGGGUCACGGAAUAAUGGCGGCUGUCUUAGCAGUCUGCCAUUUCCUACCCACGUACUUUGUAGAUGUCGCUAUUUACAGUGAGAUCAGUGGGUAUGUGCUUUUCAAUUUACAGUUGUUUAAUUAGUUUUGGUCAUUUUAUGUUAAUUACCUUUAAAUGGAUUGAAUUGCAAAAGCAGUAUUGCCUGUUAAUUAGGGGAUGGCAGUUAUAUGUCUACAGGGUUUGCAGCUGUGGGUGGCAUUGGCAUGUGGGGGAUAGUGAAGUAGCUUAAAAUCUAAAGGGUUUUGGCUGCAAUACUGACCAA